CCUUGAAGCCUUACUAUGAUUGGGUCCACUUCGUCAUACCCUUUAAUAGCCUUGCAGAAAGGAUCAAAGCUCGAUCUGUAAUCCUGUGUGUGAUUGGCUGGCCAAGGUAAAUCAUCUACAGAUUAGUCCCGAUGCGGUCAAAUCUGAGUCUAGCCCUCUCAAUGUAGCCUUACUCAUGGAAUUGUCCAGCAAAUUGCCAAAUUCAAUUUUCAUGCAACUAUCAUAGCAAGUCAAGUUUCUCACAAUGUCUGUUUCUUUAAAAUGUUGGAAAAUUCUGAUACAACAGGCGAUUCCAUACCUAAUAGACAGCAUUGUUGAGUCGUCUCCAUCCUCAUUUUAUCCCGCCAAAUCUACUUCAACGUCAAAAACACAUCGCAAGAGGCAGUGACUGUGCAAGAACCAACGAAAAGUACCCCCGCAAUUACAAUUCUGAACUUAUUUACAUCAACAAAUUGAGCAUUAUGUCCAUUAUUGGGAGUGUUCUCCAGACUCCUGAGCAUGAGAACCCUCUAGUAUCCUUCUAUCGAAGCAAGACUCCGGACACUACAGGACGAUAUAUUUCCCAAAUCUUGAAAUGGGACUGUAGAAAGUUGGAGGACACACACGACUAUAUUCAAUGGCUGUUCCCUCUCCCAGAAGAGUCCAUGGUCAGCAGUGCACCUUUGGUAGAUGCGGAUGUGUUCAAUGCGUUUCAGUCCUCUCCUGAAUUACAAUCCCUGCUUAAGAAUUCUUUGGUUAAGAUGUUGGAUUUCUAUGGGUUCGAGUUCGUUGAUGGUUUGAAUGAGAAUAAUAACUUGCCUACUGUACGUUUAAUGUCAAGUUAACAAGUAUAUCAGGUCAGUGGUGUUGUCUAACUUUUCUAUUAGAUAGUCAGAUCUCCCAGUUUUACUGCAAAAUGCGGCAACUGGCUCGUUAGGAGAGACCAUAAUCACCUGAGAAUCAGUCGAAUCCUUCGAUCUCUCCGCGUUCUGGGUCUGGAACCUGAAGCUGCCGCAUUGUAUAAGGCAAUAUCAGACAUUAUCUACGCGGAACCUAUCCAAAUUGUUAGCUCUCAAUCAGCGGAAUUCUGGCGACGUGCUGCCCAGAGACCCUUACAUUGGGCACCGCAUCUGCCUGAAAAAGAAUGCCGAAUGGACAGAAAAUGGAGACUGGGCGCAGAAUUCCUAAAAGAUUAUGAAAGAAUAAAGAUGGCUAGGGAGUUGCAGCAGCGGCACGACACAAAAAAAGCUCUAGAGGAGGAGAAAGAAGCAGAAUUUCAAGCCACAAAAGCACAUAUUGCUGCAGUUAUGGCUGAUCGACAGAGAAGGUUCGAAGAAGCUAAUGUUAGUUCCCAAAAACCAGGUAGAGUUUCACUGUGGAGUAGAAGUAGCAUUUCAGAGCCUCAGCUCGACAAGAAGGAAGAUGUAGUUGCUCAAACACGCGAACUCGUGUCUGAUGUACAGGAGGUUAUAGCAACCGAAGCAAUAGCAACUCCGAAAUCUACAGACAGAUUCUCAGAUGCAACUAACUUUGACGAACCUAUGCCUAGGCUUGACAAACCCGAACUCAUCAAUCAGAAAGCUGCAGAGAAUGGUGGACAAUCAGCUACUCACAAAAUUCAACAGUACCAGCUCAUGUCUCCUCGUCAUCCUUAGUCGGCAUAAAUACGUCUUUUCAUUUCAUUUUUCACGAGAUAGAUGAUGGUCUAGGGAAUACUGGUAGUUAUGAGGUGGUUUAUGGAUGGUCUAUGAGUGGUUAUGGGUGGUUUAUGAGUGGUUUAUAAAUGGUAUAUAAAUAGUUUAUCAGCGGUCUAAUAGGAACUCUAGUAGUUUGAAAUUUAAUACUAUAUCAAGU